AUGAUGCCCAACACCCGAUCCAAGACGCAGACGAACCUGAACGCUCCUCCAAAGGCGGACGGAGCCAAGCCCGGCGGUCGGUUGUUCCACAACGCGGUGUUCUCGCGUCGGAGCUUGAGUAGCAACGCGCUGGAUACUGGCGCCAAAAAGUCGUCGCCCAAGAAGCCGCUCGCAGACCUGAAUCCGACGAACCCGCUGGCGAGCAUCGUGCACCAGGCCGACAAGAACGGCAAGCAGCAGCCCAUUCUCGCUACCGGGCGUCGCAUCGCCCGUGAGGGUUCGGCGGCCAAUGGACAGCAGGGAAGCUUCCGGAACUUGUUCGCGAAUAUCUGGUCGGCGCUUGGAAUCAACGAGCAGCAGCAGCAACAGGCGCUCGACAAGAAGGCGCAGGGCAAGUCGUCACCGCCCAAGCCGAAGGCGGCAGCGGCGUCUGGAACCAUCGAGCUACGCAAGAGCGUCCUGCCCCCGCUUGCACCCGAUGAUGCCAACAAGAAGUGUUUGGUGCUCGACCUGGACGAGACGCUCGUGCACUCGUCGUUCCGACCCACUACCAACCCCGAUUACAUCAUCCCCGUUGACAUUGACGGCACGAUCCACCAGGUGUACGUCUGCAAGCGCCCGGGGGCUGAGGAGUUCCUCGUGGAGAUGUCGAAAUACUACGAGAUUGUGGUCUACACGGCCAGCUUGAGCAAGUACGCGGACCCGCUUCUGGACAAGCUGGACCUGGAAAACGUCAUCAAAUACCGACUUUUCCGCGAGCACUGCGUCCAGUACGAGGGCAACUACGUGAAGGACCUGUCGCUGCUCGACCGCGAGAUCCCGCAGACGAUCAUCAUCGACAACUCGCCCAUGUCGUACAUUUUCCACCCGAGGAACGCCAUCGGCUGCUCCAGCUUCAUCGACGACCCGAACGACCGCGAGCUCGAGUCCAUCUCGCGUUUCCUGACCAAGAUCCACGACGUCGAAGACGUGCGCGACCACCUGCACAUCUGGGACGCCAACUAUUAA